UUUUAGAUUCUUAUAGGCAAUGGAAACUGAUCUCAAUUCCCAGGACAGAAAGGACCUGGACAAAUUCAUUAAGUUUUUUGCCCUCAAGACUGUCUAAGUGAUUGUCCAGGCUCGACUGGGCGAGAAGAUUUGUACUCGUUCAUCUUCUUCCCCAACGGGUUCAGACUGGUUCAAUUUAGCAAUCAAAGACAUCCCAGAGGUUACACAUGAAGCAAAGAAGGCGCUGGCAGGGCAGCUGCCUGCCAUCGGGAGGUCUAUGUGUGUGGAGAUCUCACUCAAGACUUCUGAGGGAGAUUCCAUGGAGCUAGAAAUCUGGUGUCUGGAAAUGAAUGAAAAGUGUGAUAAAGAAAUCAAAGUUUCCUAUGCCGUGUACAACAGACUGCCGUUGCUACUGAAGUCUCUCCUUGCUAUAACUAGGGUGACACCAGCUUACAGACUCUCCAGGAAACAAGGGCAUGAAUAUGUCAUAUUGUAUAGAAUAUAUUUUGGGGAAGUUCAGCUGAAUGGCUUAGGAGAAGGUUUCCAGACAGUUCGUAUUGGGACAGUGGGUACCCCUGUGGGCACCAUCACUCUUUCUUGUGCUUACAGAAUUAACUUGGCAUUCAUGUCCACCAGGCACUUUGAGAGGACCCCACCUAUCAUGGGGAUUAUUAUUGAUCACUUUGUGGACCGUCCCUAUCCCAGCUCCUCACCCAUGCAUCCCUGCAAUUACGGAACCGCUGGUGAGGACAUUGGAGUAACAUAUCCUUCUGUGGAAGAUUCUCAAGAAGUGUGUACCACCUCUUUUUCCACCUCCCCUCCCUUUUAA